CAUAUUUGCUGUUAGAUUCUCUUACUUCAACUCGAUAUUGAUCAAUUGUACUUCAUUGUUUCGGGGAAUCUGACCUGACCUGCUGCACUUUUCUAUUGUCAUUAUGUUUGCUCGCCUUGUAUGCUUGUCGAACUUUCAGGUAUUUCGGUUGAUUCAAAAGCAAGAAUGGUACAAGCCCGAUGUUUUUCUCUACAAAGACUUGAUUGUUGCAUUAGCUAGAAGUAAACAGAUGGAUGAAGCAAUGGAAUUAUGGGAAAGCAUGAGAAAGGAGAAUUUAUUCCCUGAUUCUCAAACGUAUACCGAAGUCAUCAGAGGCUUCUUGAAAUAUGGAUCUCCUUCUGAUGCAAUGAACAUAUAUGAAGAUAUGAAGAAGUCUCCUGAUCCACCAGAUGAGUUGCCAUUUAGAAUUUUGUUGAAAGGACUUUUGCCACACCCCCUUUUGAGAAACAGAGUGAAGCAAGAUUUUGAGGAGAUCUUUCCUGACCAGCACGUGUACGAUCCCCCGGAAGAGAUAUUCGGCCUACGCUGAGGUAUGUUUUAUUAACGUUGCGUUUUUGCUUGUAUUAUCUGAAGGUUGGUAGCACUUAGUAGGCAUUCUUAGUCGGCCAUUGAUGUCAUUAGAAAAUGACAAAAACAUGUCUUCGAAUUAGCGGUCAAGAACUGUAGGAUGAAUAGUUGGUCAGAUAUCCGUACGAGUCAUGUGGAUAAUAGU